GACAUGGUAUAACACUAAAUAACAUUAAAAUAAUACAGAUUUCAGUUUGUAAAAUACCGAAACGUUAAUAGUUUUAUGAUUAAAAAUGUAUUUUCUGCCUUAGCUCAAAUAAAUUAUAUUUCCUAUGACAUACAUUGCAUGUUGACCCACACUAAUGUAUAAUGAUAAUUUUUGUCAUGCUGAAUAUGAAUAAUUUAUUGCACCGUAUGUGCUGCUACAGGUAUCUUAAAGGUUUUAGAAUAUAUUCUACUUCACAGCGGUUUCAAUUCUGAGCACUCGGGAGCAUUAUUAAACUCUAAAGAGGCGUGUUUGGUUUGUUUAGAGACUGUGACAGUGAAAUAAAGACUGUUGUUGCCAUUCAUGUGAUAUGGUUUAGUAUGGGAUGGAUAUUUUCUUUAAUAUCAAGUACGGUAUAUGCCACACCUCAGGUAGACCCAGAACAAAUUGGGUAACUAUAGUAAUUGUCAUGAAAUAUGAUUUAGUUCCAUAGAGAUGAUCCGAUGCUGCAUUUAUUAGAAUAAACUAAUAACCAUUCAGAACCAGGUCAGUACUUUUUCAUUUCUAGGUUAAAUUGACCCCAGCAUGAAUAUUUUUGACCCAGGUUUAUUUGGCCAUCGUGACCCAUCUGGAAAACAUGUCACCUGCUGCUCUCAUUGAACCUCUAUCUUUAUUUGACCUGAGUUCAUAUUCAAAUAUUUCUGUGUGGGUGCCAGUUUUUUUAUGACAUCAUGGGGUCAAUGAGAGAGUUUCUACUUUUACAUCUCACACACGCGCACACACACACGGUGAGGGAGAAUACUGAAUCGUUAGGUUGAGCUCAGUGCCUCAUCGAUAUAGUAUGGUGUGUGUGUGUGAGCGUGUGUGUGAAAGGGCGGAGGAUCAAGCCAGAGGGCAGUGGUCUGUUUGGCAUAAACAGGCAGGGAGGAAGAUGGAGAAGUCCGAUGACGGCUGAUGAAAGAAACAAUUUUGUCUGUUGUGCAGAUCACAGACUUUCAGGAUGACAGUCACUUACUCCAGUAAAGUGGCAAACGCCAGCUUCUUCAGUUUCCACCGGCUACUGCUGCGCUGGAGAGGAAGCAUCUACAAGUUGCUGUAUCGAGAGUUUGCUGUGUUCGCUGGACUCUACACCAUCCUGAGCCUUGUGUACAGAGUCGCUCUCUCCGAUGAACAGAAGAGACUGUUUGAGAAACUCUCCAUGUACUGCGACAAGUAUGCCGAACAGAUCCCUGUCACCUUUGUUCUUGGAUUUUAUGUGACUCUGGUGGUGAAUCGAUGGUGGAAUCAGUUUGUCAACCUGCCCUGGACCGACAGACUCAUGUUCCUCAUAUCCAGUUGCGUUCAUGGCAAAGACGAAUACGGUCGGCUUCUACGACGAACACUUGUACGAUAUGUCAACCUGACCUCGCUGCUCAUAUUCCGCUCGGUCAGCACUGCAGUGUGUAAACGUUUCCCGACGAUGGACCAUGUAGUGGAAGCAGGCUUCAUGACCCCAGAGGAGAGGAAGGUGUUUGAGGAAAUCAGCUCCCCUCACCUGAAAUACUGGAUCCCGGUCGUCUGGUUCUCAAAUCUGGCAUCUAAGGCUCGGCAGGAAGGACGGAUCGAGGACAACAUCACUUUGCAGAAUAUCCUGAAUGAGAUGAAUUUGUUCCGGACCUGGUGUGCCACCCUUUUCGGUUACGACUGGGUGGGCAUCCCUCUGGUCUACACUCAGGUGGUCACUUUAGCCGUCUACACUUUCUUCUUCGCUUGUCUCAUCGGUCGGCAGUUCCUGGACCCUGCUCGGGGUCACCAAGGCCAUGACCUUGACAUUUACGUGCCAGUUUUCACUCUGCUUCAGUUCUUCUUCUACUCCGGCUGGCUCAAGGUAGCAGAACAGCUGAUCAACCCAUUUGGAGAAGAUGAUGACGACUUCGAAGCAAACUGGAUCAUUGACAGGAACCUUCAGGUUUCUCUCCUGGCUGUGGAUGAGAUGCACAUGAGCCUGCCCCUCUUGACCAAAGACAUGUACUGGAAUGACAGCGAGGCGCGUCCACCGUACACGCUGGCGGCGGCAGACUACUGCAUCCCGUCCUUUCUUGGCUCCACCACAGAUAUGGGACUCUCCAACAUCCUGCAGUUUGAUGACAGCGAAGCUCCUCAGCGUCAACAAGAGCCUGCUUUUACUCACAGACAAGAAUCGGUUCUGGGACGAGUCCGGAGACUUCUAAGCGUGCAGGAUCCACCCGACCUUCCACUCAAACGCCACAUUUUAAAGCGGCACAGCAGCGAUGCAGCAGGCAGCUUCUUCCCUGAGUCCAGAAAGUCAGAGGUCACUGUUCCACCCACAUCUGUGAUCACGACUCCACCUUUCGUGGAGUCCCUCACCACUCUAAGGGAAGUGACCAGCACCCCUUCAUCGCCGGACCACUUCACCGACUUCCCGGUCCUCGUAGUCAUCCCACCUGUGACUAAGAAUACCGGCAACAAUCAGGAUUCUACUGAAGUGGCAGAACAACCCCAAAACAGCAAUGGUGUUGAUCUGUUGCCAGCUGAGAAGACCCCUGUUUUGGACAACAGCAGCCCAUCUGUAUGCACCUCGCCGACCCAGCUGGGUCCUAAAGAGUUUCGAUGGACGAACCUCAGCCGGCCCAGAAUCCGGCAUAGGCGUCGCCAGUUCUCCUUUCAGGUGCACCGCCAGUCCUCCAAAACGUCGGUCCGCAGCCUGCCGAGCCCCAAAGGUUUGGGAAAGCGAAGACGAGGUCUGGCUCGAUUCCAAAUUCGGGACUGUGAUGUGACUACUGAUGCUCUUCAACUGCCGGGCUUCAGCUAUGAGCAGGACUUCCAGGGCACUGAGGGGAUUGAAGACAGCGAAGCAUCACAGAGCUCUGACAUGAAUUCUUAAAGAAUUGGAAACUGGAAGCAGAAAUAAAGUUUCACCUUUUAAUUGAAUUCGUCUGAGUGCAAAACAGAGCAGGAUUUGAAAAAAGAAAACAAAAAAAAAACAUGUACACCAAAGACGAUCCUGUGUUAUUACAGCUCAAUAAAGGCAA